AUGAGGCCCGCAUCAUCAGCUUCCACCAUGGCACGCAACGUCUGCAUCACAGCCGCCGAGGGCCAAACCGGCUUCCUCAUCGCCGAGCUCCUGCUCAAGCACCCCCUUCCGCGCAAAGUCGACUCGGUGACGGCCUUCACCAUGGACCCGACCUCGGACCGCGUCAAGGCCCUCGACUCGCUUGGCGCCACGGUUUCGAACACAGCGGCGUCCGAGGUUCUCAGGACGGAAAUUGAAUUUGAGAACAUCUCCCGAGCCGAAGCUGAGAAGGUGCUGCGAGCCCUAUCUGAGAGCGAUAACAUGGAACGGCAGUCCAUACUCGAUUACUUCAGCCUCGUGCGCAAGGGCAAGAUCAGCCCGACAGCGUUUCACGACGUCGCGGGAACCCACCCCACCGAGCCGACCGGUUUCUUCGAGAUGCGCUCGGGGGAGUUCAAGACGGCCAAGCGUGGGAACGGAGUCACUGAGUUAGACAAACUGUACUCUCGAUACGUGGCCAGCAACGAGCAAUCGAGUCAGAAGUGGACAAGCCUCGCACCCCUGCCCGGCUCGGCAGAAGCCGCGCAGAGCGCCGCGCGCUCCGGGCUGCUGGGUCCCCUUUAG